UUUAUCCUCCAAUCGGCUUCAGGUUUACUCAGAUAAUUGACAUCUCCAAAAGUUGAAAAAAGUCUACCUUUGGCCGGAGCCCCGCACUCUCUGGGCGGCGGUAGCGGCAGGAGGGUCCACACCGGAAUCACCGACACUUUGGGUACUACUCUCAACCCGCAUCAGCUUCGAGUUUACAGUGUGCAACUUGGUCUCCACUCUAGCAAGAACAAAGACAGGCAAUGUUUGGACGGCGGCCAGAGCGCAUGGACCUUCUGGUCAAAGUAAAGACGGGGGACUACUUCAGAGCAGGGACUAACAAGGAUGUGUCCAUCAACCUUCAUAACCCCGAUGGAACGGAAUCUGGCGACCUGAAACUGGACGUGUGGUUUCAGGAUGAUCACGAAAGAGGGGCAGAGUAUGAGUACAAACUGAAGCGUGUAAAACUGACCCCCCCAAUUGAAGAGGUGGAGUUAAAACUAGGGGGCUCAGGCCAAGGGGAAGACUGGUUCUGCAGCUCCCUCUCCGUUCAGUUUGAACCAGAGGCCAACGGGACGACGUACUACUUCCCUGUGGAUCGCUGGCUUGCACCAGGUACCUCUGUGUGGCUGGUUCCAGGCGGUUGUGUCCUCCCUCAGGAUGACAAGCAUCCGGACCAGAGGCAGGCUGAGCUCAAAGUGAUGCGGGAGCGCUACGCCUCCUACAACCCCGUGGAAGGCCUUCUGCCAAUGCUGAAGGAGCUACACGCGGAGGGGAGGUUUUCAAAUAAGCAAAGGCUCGCCCUGGUGGAGACAGGGGCUAUACUUGGCAUGAAAAACGUGGGAAUACUCCUGGGAAAGUUCUUCGAUAAGGACGGGCGAUGGGAAUCUUUCGGCAGCAUAAGCCAAAUCUUCCCAUCAGGGAAAGUACCGAAGGGGGUGACUGAUUGGAAGACUGACGAGAACUUCGGCCGGCAGCGCCUGACGGGAGUCAACCCUACAUCCAUCCGCCUGUGCACGGAGAUUCCAAAGGGGUUUGGAGUGACGGCUGAAAUGGUUGAACCUUUCCUGCAAGGCCUGAAGCUGGAAGAUGGCAUCACCAAGAAGCGGCUGUACUACGUGGAUCAUUCCAACAUGGCGAUCUCCUCCAUGGGCAACACCACAUCACCCAGGCCAAUGUGCGCUCCAUUCGGCUUGUUCUUCGUCAAUACCAAGAAGGACCUCGUACCGGUGGCCAUCCAACUGUACCCUAACGAAGGAAAAGGGCAACACCCGGUGUUCCUGCCGAAUGACCCGCCCAACACGUGGCUCCUGGCCAAGAUGUGGUUCAACUGCGCAGACGCGAACUAUCACGAGGCCGUGCCUCACCUUGGUUUCACGCAUCUUCUUGUUGAGGCGUGCAACCUGGCGGCCAAGCAGAACCUGUCCAUCACCCACCCAAUGCACCGUCUGCUGUUGCCGCACUUCAUCUACAUGUUCGCCAUCAACGAGUUCGCCCUGCAUACGUUGAUCGCCAAAGGUGGCGGUUUGGAUGAAGCUACACAGAUUGGAGUCCAGGGAAGCUUUAAGCUUAUAAGGCAAAGGUUAAAGACUUGGCGUCUAGACACAGAUGGCAAUCUGCCGGAAGACCUAAAACACCGUGGCGUUGACAACGCAGACGAUCUGCCCAACUACUACUAUCGUGACGAUGCCCUGCCCAUCUAUGAGGUUAUCAAGAACCAUGUCACUAAAGUUGUGGAAUACUUCUAUAAGCCUGAUGGGGACGGCAAGUCCACCAAACUGGAAACUGAUGUUGAGAUCCAGAGUUUUGCGAAGGCUCUCGUUGACAGCGGAAUCCAGGGGGUUCCUGGGAACGGAACUUUGUCCAACGUGAAUCAGCUGAUCCAGACCCUGACCUCCAUCAUCUUCACCGCCAGUGUGCAGCACGCAGCCGUCAACUUCAUGCAGUGGGACCAGUACGCCUUCGUACCUAACAUGCCGCUCGUGCUGGAGGGAGAACCUCCGGCAACUAAGAACCCUCUGACGGAACAAGACGUCCUGAACGCACUCCCUGGGAAGUACCAGACCGUGAAGAUGCAUCUGCUGACAGGAGUCCUGAGCGAGCGCUCCACACAGCCUCUUGGGGACUUUGAGGUCGAGUACCUCCAAGGGCCAAAGGCUGAAAAAGUCUUUGAUACAUUCAAGGAUGAACUGGAAAAAAUCGCUCAAGAUAUCCAGCUCAAGAACUCUACUCAGCGUUCCCAUCCGUAUGACUACCUGAACCCUCGUGAGAUUCCCAACGCCAUCAGUAUCUAACUGCUCAGUUCACAUCAGCAGUUUUCUGCAAGGUCCAAAACAUGUGGAAUUUUUAUGGAAUUGGAAACUGAGAACGUUCAUAUAUACAUUAAGUCUUUGUUGACAGUUCUGUCAUAAGCUACACAGCCAUGUUUUGAAUGCCUAAUACCUUCUUCGAAGAAUAACGAUCCCUCUGUAGAGCUCAUUUAGCUAUAUUCAGACCAUAUCUAGUCUAGAUGAUCGUGAUGUCUUCAAGAAGAUAAUACUUUCAUUGGUGUGCGUGGUGUUUUUUGUGUUCGAAGCUAGAGGAGUAUUAAUCUCUAAUCAGACUGUUGGGGACAUUAAAAAAUAGUAUGUCAUUGAAAGGACUGCUGUAGGAAUAUAGAAGAUCAUAAUGUAUUCAAUAAGAUAAUGCUUUGGUGGUGUACGCGGUGUUUUACUGUGUUCGAUGCUGUAGCAGCAUAAUCUCUAAUCAGACUGUUGGAGACAUUAACAUAAUAGUAUGUCAUUGAAAGGACUGCUGCAGUAAUAUGGAAGAUCAUGAUGUAUUCUAGAAGAUAAUGCUUUGCUUGGUGUGUGUGGUGUUUUACUGUGUUCGAUGCUGAACAGCAUAAUCUUUAAUAUACUGUUGGAGACAUUAACAUGAUAAUAUGUCCUUCAAAUGAUAGCUGCAGGAAUAUAGAAGAUCAUGAUGUACUCAUGAAGAUAAUGUUUUUAUUGGUGUGUGUGGUGUUUUACUGUGUUCGAUGCUGAAGCAGCAUAAUCUUUAGUUAUAUUGUUUGGGAAGUUUACAUAAUAAUAUGUCCUUGAAUAUCUUGGAUAGCUGCAGGAAUAUAGAUGCUUAAUAACCAGUCAAACAUGGUCACCCUACUCUAAACAGUACCAUCAUAUCAACAAAGCUCUUUGUUUGUACAAUGUUUUGUAUUUUUCUAAUUGCAGCAGAGACACCUAGCUACAGUGCUAAGUAUUGCCUUGAGGAAGGUGACUGACUGAGAUGUUAACACUUGGUUAUGAAAAAAGAACAAUGUUAUCCAGAAAUUUACCAAACUAAGAAAACUAUAAUUAAAUUCACGGAGUACAAUCAUAUAAUUAUGUAUUGAAAGUGUGGUUAUGUUUAGGAUACCUUCUAUGACCAA